UAGAAAGAAUCAAGCUACGAACCGAUCGAGGUGAAGGGAGACUGGACUGGAGGCGCUGAUGCUAUUCUUUUCUUUUCUUUUCUUCCCCCAAAUAAGAGAAGAGUAACCCCACUCUCUGCGGCAGAAAAAGAAGCCCCCGAGUCCUCCGCCGCCGCCCACAACCACCAACCCUCUUCUCCCCAGCAUUCAACCCUAGCUUCCGGCGAUGGCCCCGAAGCGCGCCGCCAAGAAGGCGGCCCCGCCGCCACCUCCGCCGGCUGAAUCCUCUGAUGACGAGACCCAGUCGCGCUCGCGCUCAGAGGAUUCGGAGGACGAAGAGGCCCUCGCCGAGUCCCCUAUCCCUGCCCACACUCCCGUCCUCAACAACACGCCUGCGCCGGCACACAAGGGCGAUGAGUCGGAGUCGUCUGACGAAGAGGAGGAGGAGGAUGGCGAUGAGGAAGAGGAAGAGGAGGAGGAGGAGCCCACCCGCGCGGCCCCUCCCUCCGCUCCCAAGAAGCGGCCCCCGCAGCCGCAGAUACAGCAGGACUCCGACACUUCCGGCGACGAGGAUGAGGAGGAGGAGGAGGAGGCGCCGCCGCAGUCGCCGCCGGAGCCUGCCCCAAAGAAGGCGGCGGAGGUCCCCAAGCCCCCGGCGGCGGCCGAGACCAAGAAGCCAGGCCCAUUCGAGCGCAUGUGGUCCACCAACGACGACGUCCGUAUCCUCGAGGCCCUGGCCGCUCACCAAAAGCAGCACGGCGCGCUCCCGCAGCCUGAAGCGCUCGUGGACGUCCUUGCCGGGAAGCUCGACAAAUCUGCCUACGGCAGCAAGGAGCUCCAGAACAAGGUCAAAAGCCUCAGGACCCGCUACCUCAUACUCAGCAAGAGGGGCCAGCUCCCCAGCAAGGAGCACGACCGCCGGGUCCUGGAGCUCUCCAAGCUCGUCUGGACAAGCACUGACAAGACCUCCCCUGUUGAUGCUGCUGCUGCGAAUGCGGUGGUGAACGGUCAUGAGCCCAAGGGGUUCCAGGAGAUGUGUGAGCUGUACCCGCACCUAGCGGAGGAGGUGAAGGGGCUGGAGGCGGCGCGCCCGGGCAUGUGCAAGAGGGAGUUCGGGAAGAUGGACGAUGGCAAGGCGCGUUCCAUGGACGAGAAGAUCAAGAAGCAGAGGGUGAUGCAGAUAAAGGUGGAGAUGCGCCACGCUGACCUCGUCAAGGAGGUGACCAAGGCUCUGCUCGACCUUGUCGAUUCAUGAGGAGCUUAUAUCUCAACUGUAUCGAUCAUCACCUGAAAUCGAUGCUGAUGAGAGCAAUGCCGCAACUGCAAGUUGUGACUGUCUUGGUAGUGCAGAAACUCGUAUUUUGCUUGAAAUUGGCGUAUCGAUCAUCACCUGAAAUCGGUGCUGAUGAGAGCAAUGCCGGAACUGCAAGUUGUGACUGUCUUGGUAGUGCAGAAACUCGUAUUUUGCGUGAUGAUGGCAUAUGCAAGAAUUGUGAAAUUUGCUGAUGGUGUAAGAAUGUUCUAAAAUUACGAGUUGUGGUGUCUUCACUAGAAUGUUAAAUUGUGGCGUGUGAUGGUGUAGGAGUGUUUUGUGUGAGGUUAUGAAAUGCUCGCUGGAUGUGUUUGGAUGUUCUUA